UUAAUAAGAUAAGAUAACAAUAUCGAAAUAGUCGGGAAUAUAGCUAUGAUGAACACAUACAUAAUUCUUAUAAAGCUAUAAAAUGGCAAAACUUAUGCUGAUAGUGAUGCUCAUCUUCCAUGCUACUUAUGCCGAUGAAGUGUAUCAAAACUCGUCCCAUAUUUGCGAAAAAUGCAGAUGCACGGACGAAGACAUUUUCACGAUAGAUUGUUCUAAUCAGAAAUUUCAGCAUGUACUAGCCAACUGGCCUCCUCACAACAAGUCUCUAGUAGGUACGUUCAGUUACAACAACAUGACAACCUUGGAAAAAAUCCCGAUAACCGAUCAGAAGGCCAAGUUGGUGUUCGACCAUUGCAACAUACAGUAUUUGGAUAGAAGUGUCUUCUCAAACAUCAAAAAUGUGGAAUACAUCGACCUCAGUUACAAUUUAUUAAAAACGGAAGAGAUUGAUGGAGACGACUUCAAGGGUCCCUACAACAACAAAAAGUUCCAUCCGAUAGCUGUGAAGUAUUUGAGUUUGGCCUACAACCAGAUACACAGCUUGCCACAGAAAUUUUUCGAAAAUAUGCCCGACCUGGAAGAAGUUCAUCUCGAAGGAAACGAUUUUUCCGUGCUGGAUCCUCACACGCAAGUGGCAAUUUCCACACUUUCCAAGUUGAAAGUAUUGAAUUUGGCCAACAACGAACUUACUGAAAUCGAACCGACGGCCUUGAAAAAUUUGCAGCAUUUAGAAGAGCUGGAUUUGUCAUACAACCAUCUGGAUUUUGUGCCUGACAACGUGAAAUACCUCAGCAAAACUCUCAGGGUACUGAAACUCAGUCACAACUACAUAUUCGAAUUGAACGAUAAAAGUUUCAUUGGUCUGAAUCUUAUCGAACUACAUCUGGAUAAUUUACCGCGCCUGGAAUAUGUAGGCCCCAAUACGUUUGCGACAUUGCCAAACUUGAAAAAUCUGCGGCUCAGCAAUAACUCGAAUCUGAGAGCGAUCGACAGAGAGGCUUUCAGAGAAAAUCAAUCACUAGACGAGCUUCAUAUCAAUGACAACGAUUUGAGGACGAUCAAUUACAAACUACUGAACUGGUCAAAUUUAAAGAUUCUCAAUAUGGGCAACAAUCCCUUCGUUUGUGAUUGUAACCUGCACAACAUUUCCGCAUCUUUAUCUGCAACUGUUAGCAAGAAUUUAGACGGUCCCAUAUGCUUGGACAACCAAGGAAGAAGCACUCCGAUCUACACUUUGAAAGAAAUAGAUUGCAGAUCAGAGGUCUCACCAUUCCACAUCACCAAAGUGGCUCAACACUUUGAAACCAUGAGGACUAUCAUGAUCAUACUGAGCACGAUGUUGGUCAUGGGAGCGAUCAUUCUCAUUAUCGUGUCAUUUUUGAGAUACAAAAAAUCGGUAGCCUCCCAAAAUUAUCCUUUCAUCACUCAAGUCAGUUAUAACCCUCUGCAAACGCAAUACAUGUAAUAUAUUAUAGCUUUAAAUAUAUAAAUCUGAAAACUUUU